UCCAUCUGUUUAGAAUUAAUAAUUUUAUAAAACUUCAAUUUGUUUGUUUUUUUUAAUUAAUUCUAAUGUUUAAAAUGAAAAAAUUAUGAUUAUAUAAGAAUUUAUUUAAAAUUUUUUCCUUGAUGAAUUUUUUUGAAACUAAGGGAUUUUCUUGAUGUACCUGGACCUGGAGGUGCAGAAGUGAAAUACAUAAUUGAACAAGAAACACAAGGCAGAGAUUUUGAUUGCACAAAUCAGAAGUUGAGGAAUUACAUCGAGUCAUGAGGCUGAGGAAGAGGAAAUUCCUGUGCCAGGGCAUGAGGCUAAGGAAAAGGGAAACAGUUAUACAGGCCUAGUCAUUAGCUAUUUCAGGAGACAACAUUUUGUGACUAGCAAUUAGCAAUCAGAAUUCAGAAAACACUUCGUAGUUUUCCUUGCCAUGUGUAAAAAUGAAACCCACAAGCCCUGUCAUACGUUUACUAUGGACAUGUGACUCCUUCUCUCUGCCUGUUCAAGAACCUCGGAAACUGAUGCUUUAGCGUUUAAAUUUCCCUCUCCGUUGUAAGAGAGGUAGACAAUUUGAGAGACAUUAGGAAAGUUGAUUUGAGAGACAAUUUCAGAGCUCAGAGCAAAAUUUAUGACACACCAUCAACAUAGAAUUGGAGCAUUGUCUCCACUAGAUGGUAUGCACAGGCCAGGUGAAGGUCCGAGAUCUCCAUCCUCUCAAACUGUUGAACAACUUCUGCGAGGUAAUGUAUGUUAUAACUACAAGUUUAAGCAUACUAGAAUAAUGGGUUUUGCAUUUUUCCAAAUCCGAGAAAAUUUCAAGUUGAAGUCCUGUGAGGUUAUCUCUGCAGGAGGGGAUUCAAGGUGGUCACCAAGCGCUAUGCAAUCGUUAGGGAAAGAACAUGACAUGGAGGAUGAUCAUACACCACAUAGAAAAUCCGUUCUUGCAAAAGUGAGGGAGAAGGCCAGGAAAUGGCGAAACACUCUCAGCAAGAAGAAGCACAAUGAGGAUGGUAAUGCUACACCCUCGUGGGGUGUUAGCUUGGAGGAUGAGGAUGAUGAAGAUGAAGAUCCUGAAUAUCUCGGAGCCCCAAUGUAUGAAUCAGAGAUGGCACCUGAGGGAUACAAGGAGACAGCUAGACAGCAUCCAAGAGCAAUUCCUGUCAUAUCUGAGAGGCAUGUUUUAACAAGCAGUGUGAACAGUGGUAGCCCUUCUCAAAAGUCUCCGGAUCCUAGUCCUCCAGUUAACUCUCCCAAGACAAUAAGUGAAACCGUGGCAGAAAAGCUGGCACCGGCUUAUGCCUCAGUAACAGAUGCAACACAUGCGCUUGCUUCGAAGAUUCAAAGUCUCACUGUCUCAAACGCAGAAGCACAAGCACAUGCACCAGCACCAGAAUCGAACCCUGCCACAAUACCCUCAUUAGCACCAAUCCUAACAGUGAAGACAUCAGACCCACCAACAGCGAGUCCUAGAGCAAAGGUAUUAACCCCACCAGCUCUAGGUAUUGUAACAAAACUAGCAAAACAAGCCCCAGCAAAAAUGGAAAAGGCUGAGCCAACAUCAGCUCCUGCGGCAGCAGCAGAAAGAAAUCAUCCUAGCACAGGGGAGCAAAUAUGGGAUAAAGGGGUCUCAGUGAAAGAGUAUAUAAUGCACAAACUGGAGCCAGGGGAAGAUGAAAAGGCACUUUCUCAAGUGAUCUCCGACGCAAUUAGUCCAAGAAAAACUCCUGGUGAUGUCGGUGUGGUGGAGAAAGUGAAAGUAGCUGUAACAUCUUUGCUCCGCAAUGAGUCGUACUCCGAACGCAGAGUUUACCAUUCAGCUCAGAACUCAUCAUCACAGAUUCCCAUCUCAACAAAUGCUCAUGAAGUUAUCGAGGAAGAGAACCAUGGAAGAAUACUUCAGGCCAACUGAAAGUGGAAGUCAUUGGCUACUAAACAAGUUCUAUAUAUGUUAUGACAAGGAGUUCACUAAGAGUAUUUUCCAUGUCCUAAAUCUAUAUUCCACUAAUACAGUAAUAAUGAAUAUGUUUCUGCAGCUGUACUAGAUUUAAAC